CUGUAGUGCUGCUGCUGUCACGAGCUUGAUCAAGGCAGCGGGGUAAAGGCUCGAAGAAUUAAAACGGACAAAUAUUAUUCGACAUAUCUCCUUUUGCCUUUUUUUUAGCCUCACGCUAAAUACUCAAAGGCUACGUUGUUUUUGUCGCUGGCUGACAACAAACUGUUACUGAUGUUGUUUCACUCAACCGGUGAUGUAUCGCAGCAUUUGUACGCUAAAGCUAGCCAGCUAGUUGGCUAGCUGUUGAGCUAGCUGUACGGCGCUUGCGACUCGAGGAUAACUUAACGGCGUAUUCCAGUGUGUUAUUUUCAUUAACGCCUCCUGAAUUGCUACCUUUACGCCCGCCUGCAAGAUAUCAACACAGUGCGAGGUUUUAUCAUACAAUUAAAUUUCUACUGUAGCCGUGUUUCAUGUUAUUCGCGUUUAAUCCUCGCUCGAGAAGGAUUGAAUGAAAUAGCUUGACAUAUAGCCAGCGGAAACGAGCCACUUAACGGGGAUAAGGUUUAUUUACCGCGCUUCGCCUUGAUUGUCGCCAUCCAGCGAACCUUACAAUCAGGACCAUCUAGCCUUCUGCAUAAAGCAACAUCAUCAGAAAACACAAAAUCCUAAAGUUUUUUUUUUUUUUUUUUUUUUUUUUACGGUCGACUGGCAGUGCUAAGUAGCUAGCUAGUCCUACACUUCAAGUUGCCGAUCGUCCAUUCCAUCACAGAAGCUGACCAACAGAGGUUAUUUUUUUCCACUUUCAGGCAGAAUAAAAACCUGCAAAAAUGCCGGCUGUGUCGAAAGGAGAUGGGAUGCGCGGAUUAGCUGUUUUCAUUUCGGACAUAAGGAAUUGUAAAAGCAAAGAAGCCGAGAUCAAGCGGAUCAAUAAAGAGCUGGCCAACAUUCGCUCCAAGUUUAAAGGGGACAAAGCUCUUGAUGGCUACAGCAAGAAGAAAUAUGUCUGUAAGCUGCUGUUUAUCUUCCUUCUUGGCCACGACAUUGACUUUGGACACAUGGAGGCAGUCAACUUGCUAAGUUCCAACAAGUACACAGAAAAGCAAAUUGGCUACCUGUUCAUCUCAGUUCUGGUCAACAGCAACAGCGAACUGAUCCGUCUGAUUAACAAUGCCAUCAAAAAUGACUUGUCCAGCCGAAACCCCACUUUCAUGUGCCUGGCACUUCACUGUAUUGCCAACGUGGGCAGCCGUGAGAUGGCUGAGGCAUUUGCGAGUGAAAUACCCCGCAUCUUGGUUGCUGGUGAUACAAUGGACAGCGUGAAGCAAUCAGCUGCCCUGUGUCUGCUGCGGCUCUAUAAGACUUCUCCUGACUUAGUACUGAUGGGGGAAUGGACAUCCCGAGUGGUGCACCUUCUAAAUGACCAACACAUGGGUGUGGUGACAGCAGCCAUUUCUCUUAUCACCUGUUUGAGCCAGAAGAAUCCAGAUGAGUUUAAGACCUGUGUUUCCCUGGCCGUGUCACGACUCAGCAGGAUUGUGUCAUCAGCUUCCACCGACCUGCAAGAUUACACCUACUACUUUGUCCCAGCACCAUGGCUCUCUUGUAAAUUGCUGCGCCUGCUGCAGUGCUAUCCUCCACCUGAAGAUGGUGCUGUGAAGGGCCGUCUGGUGGAGUGUCUGGAAACCAUACUCAACAAGGCACAGGAGCCACCUAAGUCAAAGAAAGUACAGCACUCUAAUGCCAAGAAUGCUAUCCUCUUCGAGGCUAUCUCCCUUAUCAUCCACUAUGACAGUGAGCCAAAUCUGCUAGUGCGAGCCUGUAACCAGCUGGGUCAAUUCCUGCAGCACCGAGAGACUAACCUGCGGUACCUGGCUCUGGAAAGCAUGUGUACUCUGGCUAGCUCAGAGUUUUCUCAUGAAGCAGUCAAAACACACAUUGAGACUGUGAUAAAUGCGCUCAAGACUGAGCGGGAUGUUAGUGUUCGACAGAGAGCAGCAGAUCUGCUGUAUGCCAUGUGUGAUCGCAGCAAUGCCAAGCAAAUUGUAGCUGAGAUGCUCAGCUACCUUGAGACAGCUGACUACUCCAUCAGAGAGGAGAUGGUGCUCAAAGUGGCUAUCCUGGCCGAGAAGUAUGCUGUCGAUUACUCUUGGUACGUCGACACCAUUCUCAACCUCAUCCGCAUAGCUGGCGAUUAUGUCAGUGAAGAAGUAUGGUACCGUGUCAUCCAGAUCGUCAUCAACCGUGAUGAUGUGCAAGGAUAUGCUGCCAAGACAGUCUUUGAGGCGUUGCAAGCCCCUGCCUGUCAUGAGAACAUGGUGAAGGUUGGAGGGUACAUUCUUGGAGAGUUUGGUAACCUCAUUGCAGGUGACCCCCGUUCUAGCCCGCUAGUCCAGUUCAACCUUCUUCACUCCAAGUUCCAUCUAUGCUCUGUGCCGACUCGUGCCCUGCUACUGUCAGCCUACAUCAAGUUCAUCAACUUGUUCCCAGAGACCAAGACCACGAUUCAGGAGGUUCUUCGCUGUGACAGCCAGAUUCGCAACUCUGAUGUAGAGCUACAGCAGCGUGCUGUGGAGUAUUUGAAGCUCUCUUCUAUUGCCAGCACUGAUGUCUUGGCCACAGUUCUGGAGGAGAUGCCUCCUUUCCCUGAGAGGGAGUCUUCAAUCUUGGCUAAGCUGAAGAAGAAGAAGGGGCCUGGUGCAGUUUCAGUGACGGAUCUGGAGGACAGCAAACGGGAGGGCGGGGAGCUGAAUGGAGGCAGUGAACGGGGCCCAGACACAUCAGCCAUGGCUACCUCCAAUGCUUCCACCCCAUCACCAUCAGCAGACCUCCUUGGGAUUCGAUCUGGACCUCCUGUUGGCGCCGCUCCAACUAGUGCUGGCAGCCUGUUGGUGGAUGUGUUCUCUGAAGCAGGGCCCGCUGCACCCUCUGCUGCAGUGAAUGACGAAGGCUUCCUAAGAGAUCUGGAACAGCCCACCGAGACCUCUGACUCCCUAAUGGUGGAGGGUUCUGGUGACUCGGACUCUGCUCCUCCCUCUGAGGAUCCUGCUCCCCCUCUGUCUGAGGCUGAUGAACUCCUUAACAAGUUUGUGUGCAAGAACAAUGGUGUUUUGUUUGAGAAUCAACUCCUACAGAUUGGCAUCAAGUCAGAAUAUCGUCAAAAUCUUGGGAGAAUGUACUUGUUCUAUGGCAACAAGACGUCAGUGCAAUUUGCCAGCUUCACCACCACAGUCAGCUGUCCCGGAGAGCUCCAGUCACAGCUUAAUGUUCAAACCAAACCAGUGGAAGCACUGGUAGAGGGAGGAGCCCAGAUCCAGCAGGUCCUCAACAUCGAGUGUCUGACGGACUUUUCCGAUGCGCCACUACUCAACAUCAAGUUCAGAUAUGGAGGAGCUCUGCAAAACCUCUCCCUCAAGCUGCCCGUCACCAUCAACAAAUUCUUCCAGCCAACUGAAAUGUCCUCAAAUGAUUUCUUUCAACGUUGGAAACAACUUAGCCAGCCUCAGCAAGAAGCGCAAAAGAUAUUCAAGGCCAACCACAGCAUGGACACAGAAGUACUGAAGGCUAAGCUACUGGGACUAGGAGCGGCCCUGCUGGACAAUGUCGAUCCAAACCCAGAGAACUACGUGUCUGCUGGAGUGAUCCAGACCAAGGGACAGCAAGUUGGCUGUCUGCUAAGACUGGAGCCCAAUGCCCAGGCACAGAUGUACCGACUGACUCUGCGCUGCAGCAAGGACUCUGUGUCAAGGCGUCUCUGCGAGUUGCUGGCCCAACAGUUCUAGAAUAGCCAGAGUUCCAGAACUUUAUCAAGACCACCCCCACCAGCGAGCCCUCCCCACUCCUGCCACGCUUCAAUUCCUCCUCUUGUCAACAAAGGUUCUUUAAUUACGAAAAAAGGUGUAACCAAUAUAAGGGAAAAGCAGUCACUGUUAGCACUGCAGCAGCGACCAUAUUAUUGUCAUUACUCUAAUUCAAGUUCAUCUACAAUUUGGUUAUUAACAUAAUGCUACAUUAUCGUUUUUUUCUUUAUGGUGUUUACCUGUGUAGCUGGUGUGUGCAGCCAGGACUGUGCGUGUGUGCGUGUCCCACUGUGUGCUGCGGUCCUAUUCUGCUUUAUCCUGCCUGCUCUGUAUUUCUGAUGCUAUAUGUACAGUGUGUGUGCAGGUGUGGGUGUGUGUGUGUGUGCAUUUGGUUAAGUUUUUCUUAAAGACAAAUUGGAGAUAGUUUUCAUCACACACAUUCACAUGCACACACCCACACACAAGUAGUUCCUUGUGGCCCUCGUCGGGUGAAGGUUCAGCUAAUUUCAAGCAUUCCCCAUGAUCAAAGGCCAGUCAAAAUGCACUUCAGGCUUUUGGGAUCCUCUGUGAGACCCUCCAGCAUGAGCCCCCUAGUGUGAACAACCUGAUUGCUCUCCUGGGGUUCUGUAAUCAGUAGCCCUACAUUUCAAUGACCGUGAUGGUUUAUUCGUUGAUGUCUGUAAAUUUGCCGCAGUGUUACUUUAUUGCUUUCAUAGACAUUCCCAUCUAGCGUGUGGCUAAGAUUAUCUAGGCCAGGAUGCCCAUCUAGACAAAUGGCAGUAAAUGGGAAGUAAGGUGACUGACACAGGGUCGAUAUUUUCAGUUGAAACAGGACUUCUCUUACCCACUACCUUGAGGGAUGUCCAGGUGAAACGUGAGCUGCUCUACUGUGCAACCUACAUUGUUUUUGAAGAGAUGCCAAAUUGUCUUUUUGAGAAAGGCCUCCUGUAAUUUUAAAUAAAUUGAGCACUUCUAAGGAUAAUAUAUUUAAACUUAGUCUUUACCCAUCAGAUAAAAUGGUCCUAAUGAUGCUCAGUACGUUGAUAUAGGCUUGAUCUGUUUCUCCAAUGUUCAUACAGAAUAACAUCUUUUCAACAGUUUGCAUCAUAAAUCCAUCAACCUCCAAAUAUUUCUUUUCACACAUCCACAGAUUUGAUCUUCUUUCUUGGGCUUCCUCUUGCACACAGCAGCAAUAGUGAUGUAGUGGAAGAGUAUUAAAGUAGUCCAUUAUAAUAACUACAGGGAACUCUGUUUAUGUGAGAACUUGAGUGAGUCUGGAAGCAGGUAAUAAAAAGAAAUACUUAACUUUUCAGAGACAUCAAAUUACAAUCUGUGGCUGCACAGCAAUCACAAAAUAUUGUAGUGGAAAGCUUAGUCAUUUUUUUUGUCAUUCUGUGAGUGUAUGUUUGUGUGUGCGUGUCUAUGCAGUAUCCACUAGCUAAUGCAGCCUCAUUUAUUGAUGUUAAAAAAAAUUCCAAUACCUGUGUUAGAAUUAAGAUUUACUCUGUAAUGAAAAAUGUGAAGUAAAACUAUGCCAUAUAUUGGACAUGA